UUACUUUAUACAAUAGUCUUAAUUACCACUUCUCAUCUCUCGUUUCGAAGUUUAUUUACACUUUCGACAUCAUCCAUCAUACGUUCAUCUCGGAUAUGACUUCAAUAACAACAGCAGAGGAUUAUAUUAGAGAGCAAGAGAUACUAGAAGCUGAAGCUAGAGAGCUUCUACCAUUCAAGGCAGACCUAUGUACCCAAGAUUACGACAAGAACGAGAUUGGGAAGCCAUUAAGACAGGCUAUCUACCUCUGUAAGACCUGUGGAUUAGAUAAGGGUGUAUGCGUAGGCUGUUCUAUUAUAUGCCACGGCGAUCACGAUCUCCUUGAGCUUUUCCCAAAGCGCGGAUUUGUAUGUGACUGUCCAACCAGCCGCUUUAGUAAGGAGUGUAGCCUCAAGAAACUCAAGGCGACAUACGACUCACACCCAAAUCAUUACAAUCACAAUUUCCAGAGGAGAUUCUGCGCCUGCGAUCAAAUAUAUGAACCAGCAGAAUGUGACCAAGAGAUGUAUCAGUGUUUAAGUUGCGAGGAUUGGUUCCACGAGGGUUGUUUGAACUUAAGGGACAAAAAUCAAGAAGGACGUGUGAAUGACGAGAACAGCGAAGACGCAGGUCCUGUUUUACGCCUCCCUAGGUCCAAGUUUGACGCGUUUGUUUGUUCAGAAUGUGUUCUAUCACCUGAUUUAGAGCAUCUGAGGAGAUAUGCUGGUACACCUUCAUUUGUUUUGCUAGAAAGUAUGAAAUCUCUACCACAGGAAGGAGACGACGAUGAAAGCGCAAUUCCACUCAAAUUCUCAAACAAAAGGGAACAUUCAGAGGACGAUGAUUACGAAGAAAAUGAUGUAAAACGCGCAAAAACCGGUGAAAAUGAAUCACAAAGUGUACCACAAGAGGAAACAAUCCAGGCAUGUAAGGUUCCAGCAAUAAACGAGGAAUCUCAACAAUUUCUUAGCAACCUCAGUCAAAAUCCUCCACCUAAGCCACCUUCGGAGGCGCCACGCGCUGAUAUGUUCAUGUUACAUGGUUGGAGAGACAAAUGGUGUAAAUGUGAAAACUGUAUGACUAAGUUAUCAAAACAUCCUUGGUUGUUUGCAGAAGAAGCGACAUAUGAACCACAAGAAGAGGAGCAAGAAGAGAAAACAUUGCUACAGCUCGGAGCAGAGGCACUCAAUACUCUGCCAAGAGAGAAGGCCCUGGAUGGAUUGAAAGCAUACGAGAAAAUGUCUAGUUCUGUCAAAGACUUCCUCAAACCGUUCGCAGAUACCGGCAAGACAGUCGAAGCUGCUGACAUUAACAACUUUUUCUCAGAGCAGCAGCAGAAGCUUAAAAAUGGAGAUAAUCAAGCUUAGAAUUAUAUUGUAAUUUCAUAUGUAUUUCAUU